ACAGAGCCCUGCUCGGCUUGCCACGGUCGGUUAUGGUUGUAAAUGGUAUUAUGGCUGUAAAUAAGGGAUCCGUUACCGAAGAUGCCAUUGGGAGUGCAUCACGGGUAAUCGAAAUGCAGGAAUCUACUACCUCGGUCGAAUCCUGUCUUCCUGCGCCCAUCCCACUUUGCUAUCUAGACGGAAGCAAGGACUACAAAGGAGAAACGCCGAGGAUAGUAGAUGCUUGUAAAAGCGCGGGUCGCCGCGUGUCAGCCGUAAGCAUUUUAUCUCCUCCUUCCGGACCUUCUCCGCGGUUAUCAGAUGUGUCACGUAGCUAUUAUUCCAAUCAUCGGAACCGCGCUUGGGAUUCUUGGAAAGCCAUUAGAUGCAAAAAAUGGAAGGAGAUUGAAUGGCAGGGCCGCCUGGAGUGGGCAUUGUUGAAGCAGGAAUGGAAGUGGAUCGCGGUAUGUGUGACGACCGUUAUCGUAGAAAGCGCCCCGAUUCCCCCUUUUCCUUUGGUUUGCCGUGUGCAGUUUUUUAAACAGUGAAUGGUCCUUCACAAAUUGUGUCCCGAAGUAGACAUUUGCGUAGCUCUGGCGUCUGAAAAGAAAUGU